AAAGAAAGAGCAGUUGCAGGAAAGCACCACACUUUCGGAGCCAUUACUAAAAUGUAGCAGGAUUGCGCGUGGUGACCCGUUUUCGUGGUAAAGUAACUUAAUUAGGCCGUAAGGAACUUGGAGAGCCGAGUGUAGUCGCUUAAUGUUCGAGAACUAGAAGGAGCGCCAUUGGAGAAGUUGCCGUUGGACUCUUUCUUGCGCUGGAAACAGUGUUGCAGGAAGCCCCGCGCCGUGUGCCGUGGUCGCUGACGGGGAGGCGCCGGCAUGGCGGGGAGCGCGGCCGACAGCGCCAACCACCUGCCCUUCUUCUUCGGCAACAUCACGCGGGAGGAGGCGGAGGACUACCUGGUCCAGGGCGGCAUGAGCGACGGGCUGUACCUGCUGCGGCAGAGCCGCAACUACCUGGGCGGCUUCGCGCUGUCGGUGGCGCACGGCAGGAAGGCGCACCACUACACCAUCGAGCGCGAGAUGAACGGCACCUACGCCAUCGCGGGCGGCAGGACGCACGGCAGCCCGGCCGAGCUCUGCCACUACCACUCGCAGGAGUCCGACGGCCUGGUCUGCCUCCUCACCAAGCCCUUCCACCGGCCGCCCGGGGUGCAGCCCAAGACCGGCCCCUUCGAGGACCUGAAGGAGAGCCUCAUCCGCGAGUACGUGAAGCAGACCUGGAACCUGCAGGGCCAGGCCCUGGAGCAGGCCAUCAUCAGCCAGAAGCCGCAGCUGGAGAAGCUGAUCGCCACCACGGCCCACGAGAAGAUGCCUUGGUUCCACGGGAAAAUCUCAAGGGUUGAAUCUGAGCAGAUCGUCAUGAUAGGAUCCAAGACAAAUGGAAAGUUUUUGAUCAGGGACAGGAACGACAACGGGUCAUACGCCCUGUGCGUGCUGCAUGAGGGGAAAGUGCUUCACUACCGGAUUGACAAAGACAAGACGGGCAAGCUGUCCAUCCCCGACGGGAAGAAGUUCGACACGCUCUGGCAGCUGGUGGAGCAUUACUCUUACAAACCCGAUGGACUGCUGAGAGUUCUCACAGUUCCGUGCCAGAAGAUCGGCGGGCAGACAGGAAGCAUCAACUUCGGAGCCCGCGCGCCCCUCCCGGGAGCCCAUCCUGCCACGUGGUCGGCGGGAGGAAUAAUUUCCAGAAUCAAAUCGUACUCCUUCCCCAAGCCUGGCCACAGAAAGGCCUCCUCGUCCGCCGGGAGCCGGCCCGAGAGCUCCGUGACCUUCAAUCCUUACGAGCCAGACCGGGGACCCUGGGCCACGGACAGAGAUGCCCAGAGAGAAGCCAUGCCCAUGGACACCGAGGUGUACGAGAGCCCCUACGCGGACCCUGAGGAGAUCCGGCCCAAGGAGGUCUACCUGGACCGCAAGCUGCUGACCCUGGAGGACAGUGAGCUGGGCUCCGGCAACUUCGGGACCGUGAAGAAGGGCUACUACCAAAUGAAAAAAGUCGUGAAGACGGUGGCUGUGAAGAUUCUCAAGAACGAGGCUAACGAUCCCGCCCUUAAAGACGAGCUGUUAGCAGAAGCGAACGUCAUGCAGCAGUUGGAUAACCCGUACAUCGUGCGCAUGAUCGGGAUAUGUGAGGCCGAGUCCUGGAUGCUGGUCAUGGAGAUGGCCGAGCUCGGUCCGCUCAACAAAUACUUACAGCAGAACAGGCACGUCAAGGACAAGAACAUCAUAGAACUGGUUCACCAGGUUUCUAUGGGGAUGAAGUACUUGGAGGAGUGCAACUUCGUGCACAGGGAUCUGGCAGCAAGAAACGUGUUGCUGGUGACGCAACAUUACGCCAAGAUCAGUGAUUUCGGGCUUUCCAAAGCACUCCGCGCUGACGAAAACUACUAUAAGGCCCAGACGCACGGGAAGUGGCCAGUGAAGUGGUACGCUCCCGAGUGCAUCAACUACUACAAGUUCUCCAGCAAGAGCGACGUCUGGAGCUUCGGUGUGUUGAUGUGGGAGGCGUUCUCCUACGGGCAGAAGCCCUACCGGGGCAUGAAAGGGAGUGAAGUCUCGGCUAUGCUGGAGAAAGGAGAGAGGAUGGGGUGCCCCGCGGGGUGCCCGAGGGAGAUGUACGAGCUCAUGAAGCUGUGCUGGACGUACGAGGUGGAGAAGAGGCCGAGUUUCGAAAACGUGGAGCUGCGGCUGCGCAAUUAUUACUACGACGUGGUGAACUAAGGCCCCGGGCCCUCCGCGGCCUCCGGGGGACUGGGGAGCCGGGCCACGAAGCCCCCCCAGCGCCUGGAUCGGGACAGCGUCCGCCUCUCUCCGCCGUCGGGGAGCCAGCCUCGCGCAGGCCGUGCUGCGACUGUCCCCCGCGUGGCUGUCCCCCGGAGCCCGCCUGAGAACACGCCCUCCGCAGAGCGCACCCUCCCCCAGAGCCCGGGAGAAGGACCGCAGGCUCGGGGGCCGCGGGUUCCUUCGUGUUUCCCGUCUGCGCAGCGUGUGGGGCAGGUCCCGCCAGCACCCGGGUCGGCCUCCGACCGUCCAGCAGCCCGGAGGCGGCCCCGCACGGCCCGGGGCUCCGCUGCCUCCGGAACCUGGCUCCCACAGGUCCCCAGACUGGGCCCUGCCCGGAAAAGCUUUCCCGGCGAUGAGUGUGCUUCGAGGCUUUACAAAAGGAAGAAGAAAAAAAUCAAGCUGGACCAGUCCAGCUCCUAAGCUUGUAGCCAGUUAAGGGGGAAAAAAAGUCUGUAUGUUCUAUUUGCUCUGUGCGUUCGGAGACACGAGACCCAGAUCCUCGGGAAAGGCAGGGCUGCGGCAUGAGCUGACCCGGCUGCCCCUCGCCCCCCGUGAGCCUCCCCCCUGCACACCAUCCCGAGAGGCUGCUUACAUGAAGAUGGCGGGUGCCUGUCCCCUUGGGCCUGAGCGAGGACAGACGGCGGCGUGCAGGGGCUGUCCUCUCCACAGGGAGGUCCGAGCCCCCCUCCCCUAGAGAGAUGGAGCCCCCAGAAGCCCUGACUUUCUAUGUGUUCAUGGCGUGGGGGGGGUGGGGACAACGCGGGGGCCAAGGUCAUCUACGCGUGAGUUUCCCAAGAUUGUAUUAAUUCAGAAUAAAGCCAGACCCUGAGCCUCGCCACAAGCACGCCUGAGUGUGACCUUGGCUCAGAGACAUGGCGCCGGGGAUUCUCUGCUCGCUCUCUGGUCGUGCUGGAGUCACGUGCGAGCUCACGCAGAUCAUCAGCCCAUCUGUGCCGUUCGGAAGUCAGAGGGAAUUAGCUGUGCUUCUUAGGUCAGCUGAGACCCAUAAGACAUAAGACCCCGAGACAUUUUAGAGUGUCCGUCUGGCGUCUGGCCAGGAGGGUUGUCCCUUCCGGUAACCAGGGAGGAGGUCCGGGGGACGCAGCCGUCGGCACGCUUGCUCAGCCCGAAGCAGACAGGAGUCCCUCUUCGACCUGGUAGGGAGAUGCGUUUAGAACCCACCUGUGCUGUGUUUGUUUUGUUUUGUUUUGUUUUUGGAAUUGUGCCGCUGGUGGAUCAAUCAUUUUGUUGAAGAGCAGGUCCUGGCGUGCUGAGCAGAUACUCAGAACAGGGGCAGCACGCAUCGGAGCCCCUGACGUCAACACGCUGUGGGACACGACCGAGCGGUGGGGCCCCUCGUGGAUUUGGAAGGGCUGGACGGAGCGUGGGGCCCUCUGAGCAGGAGGCCGCGCGUGGAAGGCUCCGUGAGGCGGCCGCGCGCCGUCUGGGAGGGGAGGGUCCUCACCAGGCCCUGCGGGGCUGGACCUCACGGGCGGCCGCCCUCCGCCCGGUUCUCCCUCCCCAGGCCUGAGCCCCUCCUCGUGCUGCCCUUCUGGUCCUCGUUCAGCGGGAACAAGGCAGCUUCAUGGACAGACACACGGCUCAGGGCAGAGCCAGUCACGUCUGGUGCCACGUGCACACCCCGUGUCCCCACCACGGGACUGGGGGUUUCCGUAACAACCAUAACCCAGUCUGUGGUGACGGGACCGCUUGUGGCUCUCAUGUGAGUGUGUCCCCACGCGGGCCGUCGCCGGCCUUGGUUUUCCUACUGGACGGCAGCGUCACGGUUGCCCCAGCCCCACGACGGCCGCCCCGCCUGGACGUCCACACGCACAGGUGAUGUGGGUCCUCCUGCUGGGCACUCCCCACCCCAGAGCACACGCCACCACUUCAGAAGAAUGACCUUUUGUCACUGGCCUUUUCUUUUUUCUUUAACUGACUUUUUAAUAAAAACUUCAAACUAGCUUUGUGAUGAUUUUCACGGAAUACUGGAGGUUGUAACGUCAAAUAAACAGUGUGAAGCAGCA